AUGUGGGCAGCUUACAUAUUUGCGGGCGUGGUUCUGCAGCUGCGAUCUGCUCAUGCACACUCGGCGUUCACAACUGGUAUCACCGUUCAACUAGACUCUAUCAAUUAUUUUAUCCUCCCAGAAAUCACUGCGAAAAUCGACAAUUAUUCCCGAAAUAUUCCAGAUGGAACUGGCCCAGUUCCCGUCACGGUCGUCAACCUCAAUUCAACGAAACCAACGCAUGAAAGUGUUGAAAACGUACUCGAGAGCUUUGCAAAAACAGAUGAUGUGUUCCAAGUCGGCUUUCGUCAAGGUAAGUGGCACAACAAAGAGAGCAGUGAGCCAGGUCACAGCGUUUCACAGCUAGGCAAUUCUACUUUUAUAUGGAGUCAUUCGCAUUUCAUGAAUAGUUCAGUUGUCCCUGAUGGCCCUUACUUCCUUACCACAGGUGGCUUCCUUCACCAAGCAUAUCGGUUGUAUCCGGACGUACAGGGAGCUUUCAGUGAGACUAUCAUCCCCAGCACAGACGGAUCCUUCUCAGUGUUGCCGGCAAACGUUCCCGGGCAGUCGCUGGCGGUGGCCGUUCCAUCCCGUUUAUACUACCGACCGACUAUCGAAAAGCCGUUGGCAGGCGUACGCGUUGGUGUCAAAGAUAUUUUUGACGUUCGAGGGGUAAAGACUUCCAAUGGGAAUAGGGCGUGGUACCACCUUUAUCCUCCAGCGAACCGCACGGCAAAUGCGGUGCAGAACCUGAUCGAUGCAGGCGCUGUCUUGGUGGGCAAGAUGAAGACAAGUCAGUUUGCCAAUGGCGAGAGUGCAACCGCAGACUGGGUGGACUAUCAUGCCCCGUUCAAUCCUCGAGCCGAUGGCUGUCAGGAUCCAUCAUCGUCUUCUGCCGGCCCAGCAGCUGGAAUAGCUGCUUACGAAUGGAUUGAUAUUGCACUUGGCUCAGACACAGGUGGUAGCAUAAGAUCGCCGAGUCAAGUUCAGGGCAUAUUUGGCAACAGACCAAGUCACGGCCUUGUCUCCUUGGAUGCUGCUAUGCCGCUCGCUCCAGAGUUCGACACGGCGGGGCUUUUUGCGCGAGACCCCGGCCUCUGGACCAAAGCGGCGCAGGCACUGUAUCGCUCUGGGAUGAAUCUGUCGACUUGCUACCCGCAAAAAGUUCUCACUGUUGGAUUUGAUGUUGACGGUAACGAUCAACUCAAGGUCACUCUGGGAAAUUUCCUGUCGCGAUUCACUUCGUUUCUUUCCGCAACUGGUAUGCCGUUUAAUCUUACCGAAUCGUGGGCUGCGGCGAACCCGGACACUCCAGAUCUUCUCUCUUUCAUCAACAACACGUACGAAAUUCUCUCUGCUAAAGAACAGGCGCGACUUGUCAGAGACCCAUUCUUUGCUGAUUACGCCGCCGUUAAUGACGGACGAUUACCUCACGUAAACCCUGCGCCAAGACAACGCUGGGCGUUAGGCGACGCUUCCUCCUCUACCAUCGAGGAUGAUAUCAAGAACAAAACUCGUUUCAUGGAUUGGUUCAAUUCCGAAGUCAUGUAUCGCGACUCUGUGUCUUGCUCUGACAGUCUGUUUUUGUAUGUCCCCCGAACGCCGAAAGAUACAUCUCGAGAUACCUACACUACCGGGCCACAGACACCGCGAGGAUUUUCUACAAGCCGCAUCUCAGUGAUGAGUGGGGUUCCUGACAUUGUUGUACCGGUCGGACAGAUAGCAUAUCAAUCAUUCGUCACGAAUCAUACAGAAUACUUGCCUGUCACGGUCGACCUCAUGGCUGCAAAAGGUUGUGAUGGAAUGCUUUUCUCGCUGGUGGAAGAUUUAGUCAUGGCUGGUAUUGUCAACAUUAGCCAGGUGGGCAGGAGCAGCGUUGACGGAGGAAGUAAUUUGUACUGA